GUUUUCCAGUUGCGGGUUAUUUUCAAUAAUUUUUGAGUUGGCGCUUGGCUGAGUUUUAUGCAACACCACGAUUUCGGUGGUAUUCAGUGAUCAAUGCUCCAGUGACUCGCACGGGCCCCACCGCUUCAACGUCAACCACAUCGAGACAAUGCUACACCUGCGAUUUGUCUGUGCGUUAGCUAUUCCUUUGCUGUUGGUGCUGCUGCAGCUCAGCCAACCCGCAGAGGGUUUCAUACUCCGCUUAAUCACCGAGACACUGCAGAACAACGUGGCCGGUGAGCCCAUCACACACGACAGGACCGAAUGGAACUUCGAUCCGAACGCGGCAAAGAAGGCGCGUGCCCUUUACUUCGAGAAAAAUGGAUACCGUUCAUCCAAGUUCAUUGAGCGACUGGGAGCGGGCACGGAUGGGUGGCACGAGGAGCGACGAAUGGAGCAGGCUGUGCGCGAUGUAGGUCGCCUCGGUGGCGAGCACAAUCAGAAUUAUCCGCCUCCACCAGUUUAGCCAUAAAUAAUUAUCAUUUACAUCA